AUGCCAACCCUCGCUGUUGUGCGUGAUUAUCUCUUUGAUUUUAUCGGGAAAAGCUACACGGAGGACCAAUUCGAAGACAUAUGCUUUCAAUUUGGUGUGGAGCUCGAUGAUGUGACAAGUGAGCGCGAGAUGUUCCGCCGUGAGCAAGGCGAAGCCGUUGCAGCCAAGGGAGAGGAGCUUUCUGAUGCCGUCAUCUACAAGAUUGAUACACCAGCCAAUCGCUACGACCUUCUUUGUGCUGAGGGAAUGGGUACUGCGAUGAAGGUAUUUCUCGGCAUGACCCCUGCGCCUCGGUUCCAAUUACUCAACCGUGCAAAUCCACUCUACAAAGUAACGGUGGAAAAGUCCGUGCGCAAUGUACGGGAUUACAUUGUUUGUGCCGUGUUACGAAACGUUCGUCUUGACAAGCGCAGCUACCGCAGUUUUAUUGAUUUUCAGGACAAACUCCACUUGGGUCUUGCACGACGCCGUGCGCUUGCUUCUGUUGGGACGCACGACUUGGAUAAGAUUAAUCAGAAUGAGUUCCUUUACGCCGCCCGGCCGAAGGAGAGCAUACGGUUUGUUCCACUCAAUCAACAGGAACGGGUGCUGGAUUGUCGGGGCAAUGGCCUCGCAGAGUUUUAUAAGGACGACCGACACAUCUCUAAGUUUAUUCCGCUUAUCUCUGAAUUCUCCCAUUACCCCGUGGUGCUGGACGGCAAGGGUGAAAACAUUCUCUCCCUUCCACCCAUUAUCAACUCGGACUACUCGUGCAUCAGUGCAAACACCAGGAACAUCUUUAUCGAGUGCACUGCACCAGAUCAUCACAAGGCGAGUGUUUUAGUGAACCAACUCGUUUGCGCCUUCUCAACUUAUUGCGAGAAGCCCUUUACCGUGGAGGCGGUGCGUGUUGUGUACGAUGAACCCACUCCUGAUGGCACGAAGGAGGAAGUGACUCCCAACUUGGAUCCUCGACUAGUCUCCGUAGAGCAGUCGAAGGUUGAGAAACUCAUUGGCAUUAAACUUAACUCAGCCAAUCAUAUGGGUGAACUUCUGGAGCGUAUGCUGCACCAUGUAGCAAAGGUGGAGGACAGCACCGUAACAGUAGAAGUCCCUCCAACGCGACCUGAUGUAUUGGGACCAACGGACCUUAUGGAAGAUGUUGCGGUGGCCUACGGUUACGAUAAUAUUACCCACAAAGAGUGCUUGACAUUUGGUGACGUGGCGCAGCAACCACUGAGUAAACUCUCGCAUCUUAUUCGUAUCGAGAUGGCUAACGCCGGUUAUAUGGAGCUCUUGACCUUUUCGCUUUGCUCCCGCGAGGAGGGAUUUACUCGUCUAAAUCGCGUGGAUGAUGAUGUGGCCGUACAUAUCGCAAACCCCAAAACUAUGGAGUUCCAAAUAUGCCGCCCCUCACUCAUGCCGGGCAUCCUAAAGACACUUAAUGCCAAUAAAUCGCACCCACUUCCCCUUCGAUUCUUUGAGUGCGCUGAUAUAGUUCUCUUGGAUAAUGAAAAGAACUUUCCUCCUGUCAUCACCCCAAAACUAGAGUACCCCAACUGCGGGGCGCGCAAUCAACGGCAUCUUGCCGCCCUACAUUGCUGUAGUGAGUCUAGCAGUUUUGAAGAUAUACACGGACUUGUGGAAUUUGUCAUGGCUAAACUUGGUGUUGUGCGGAAAGUGGGGGAAGAGGUUGUGGAUGGUGAUUCAUACACGCUGGAGAGGAGCAGUGAUGGUGCCUUCUUUCCUGGUCGUUGCAUGGAUGUUUUUCUGCACCGCAGUGGGCAGAAGGUGUGUAUUGGAGGCUUUGGUGUUGUUCACCCGAACACGCUGAAGGCGUAUGACAUCCCCUUUCCAUGCUCAUACAUGGAGCUGAAUGUUCAGUUUGCCCAGUAG